AUGCUCAAGACAAGCUUUCCCGUGUCAGUUCAGGUAUAUACGGGAAGCGGACCACUGAGCGUGGUGAUUGUGUAUGCCUUUGAUUGCACUAACCGGACCCCAGCCUGGGACACAGUGGAUGAGGGGAUUUUUUGGUUGGUGCAAGAGAAGCUCACCCACUUCACCGACAGCUGCAUGGGUUACAUCUACGUCAUGUCGACCCCUAACACAUACACGUCGGACAUGAAAAUGGUUGACUCAUCUGACACAAAGGCAACUGGCUACAAGGGAUCCAACAAGUGGUGCACGACAACCUGCACUAAAAACAUGGCAUCAGGCCUCGACGAGGCCAAUAAAAUGAUCAGCAACCGUAUGCACAGCAAUGGCAUCAUCUUACUCUUCUCUGAUGGAUUGAUAAACAAAGGAGACUUCUUCGAUGGAACCAAGAAAUUCAUUUCCAAAGUACCCGUCUACACGUUUACUCUCGGCGGAUACGCAUAUAACCAUGUUCUCCACUCCGCUGCAGAAAAUUCUCCUGGCGGGAAGUUUCACAUUACCCCUGUUCCAGAAAGGCCAAUUCUAUCGGCACCCUUCUCGAAGCUACUAGACAGCCUCCUGGACGGCACCCUCAAGGACAUUGAGAAGCCACCCAUUUCAGGAAGGGAGCCACUAGAUGUGGUGAUUGUGUAUGCCUUUGACUCCACUCAAUCGACCCCAGCUUGGCAUACUGUAGAUAAUGGGGUCUUUUGGUUGGUACAAGAGAAGCUCACCCACUUCGCUGAUAGCUGCAUGGGUUACAUCUACGUCAUGUCAACUCCUAACACGUUCACAUCAGACAUGAAAGUAGUUGACUUAGCUGAUAAAAAGGAUACUAGCUACAAUGGGUUCGCCUGGCGCAGGAUGACCUGCACUAAAAAAAUGGCAUCGGGCCUUGUCGAGGCAAAUAAAAUGGUCACUAACCGUGGUUAUCGCAAUGGCGUGAUCUUGUUCUUCUCUGAUGGAUUGAUAAACAAGGGCGACUUCUUUGAUGGAACCGAGAAGUUUAUCUCCAAAGUGCCUGUCCAUACAUUUACUGUCGGUGGGGAUGCAUAUAACCAGGGUCUCCAAGCUAUCGCAUUAAACUCUCCAGGUGGGACAUUCAACCCCAUUAAAGUUCCAGAGAAUCCGCAUCUGUCGGAGCCAUUCUCUAAGCAACUGGAUAGCCUCCUUGGUGGCACCAUGAAGAACUGAAAUGGUCAGUAUGGACCCUUUGCUCAAGUUAUCAACACGUGCACACACUCCAUUUCCAACUCCUUUGUUCAUUUCAUAUGUCGAACUUCCAUAUACUCCAUAUUAUGUAAUAAGUGCGAGUGUCACUACCC